AUGGCCGUCUCCCGCCUCAACCCCGUAGCCUCGCCUUACCUUCCGAUGACACUCGCUUCCACGUGGUGCUACCCCUCUCCUUUCUCCUACCCGCCGUCUCCGCCCCCACUCCCGCCGGCGCACGGGUGGCCUUUUGCCUACGGCGGCGACUGGUGCCACACAGUGGGGAUGCCCUCGUUCCCGCUGCAGACAGCAUAUGGGUACCCCGCUCCAUUGAUGGUGUAUUGCUGCACGGCGCCGCCACCGCCACCGCAAUCGGCGACCCGUUGUCGAAUCACGGAGAUCAUCGAGGAUGGAGGCGAGGUAGCCUCGAAGGAAGAGGUAAGGUACGAGCGUUCCCCGCGCUCCGUCCUCACUCCUUGGAGCAGAGAGCCGCCCACUUCGCCCCUGCUACCGCGAGCGCCGCUUCUGCGUCCCCCGCCGCGUACGUCUUCCGCGGGACCGCGCCGCCUCCAGUGGCCACGCCUCGCCUUCAACCCCAAAGAGAACAACACGUCCCUGAUGAUUCGCAAUAUUCCCAAUAAAUUUAUGAAGAGGAGAUUCAUGGCCAUCCUCGACCAGCACUGCGCCGAGGAGAACGCCAAGCUCGGCCGCGACGGCGAAGGGGUCAGGUCCGAGUACGACUUCCUCUACGUCCCCGUCGACUUCCGGACGAGGUUCAACAAGGGCUACGCCUUCGUGAACAUGACAACGGCGGCGGCGGCGCGGCGGCUCCACGCGCACCUCAACGGCCACCGCUGGGAGGCCGCGGGCUCCAAGAAGGUGUGCGACGUCGUGCACGCGCGCCUGGAGGGGCUGGACGGGCUCGUGGCGCACUUCUCGGCGUCGUGGUUCCCCUGCGGCGGCCGCAAGGAUUUCCUGCCGGUGCGCUUCGAGCCGCCGCGCGACGGCGUACGUUGGACGGCGGAGCACGUGGUCGGCCACCUCCAGCCUCCCCGCUCCUGCUGA